GCAAGUGCUACGCUCGUCUCCCUCCUCGUGCCACCAACUGCCGCAAGCGCAAGUGCGGCCACACCAACCAGCUCCGCCCCAAGAAGAAGCUUAAAUAAGCGGAUCGCCCCCAUUCGGGCUCAGACUCAGCGGUUCUUUUUCUUCGACAACGAGGACGUAUUGGUGGACGACUAUGGCUUGCUUUGUUGCCGCUGUCGCUAUCGCUGCAGUGGCGGCUUGACGGAAGAAGAGGAUUGGAAACAUUCAGCACUUCUGGCUGCUACAACACCGCCACUACACCAUGAUCCGGACUACAUCACCACUUUUCGGGCUGGGGCGGAUUUGUUAGCAAAGCAAGACUCCUGUAGCACGAAUACGAAGACUGCUGCCGUCUGGCCUUGGCAUUAG